UAACCUUCUCAAAUAUCUGGGGUGGAAGGGUCAGGUAAGAGCUAUUGAAGGAGGACUUUGCUGGUGUGAGAGUUUGGUAGAAUUUUUAUCAGGAUCAGAAACACAAAUGUAAUGUGAGAAUCAGAAAGGACAUUGUGCAGCUGCUAGGAAAAUGUCCCACCACACCGCAGGAGAAUAUACAAGAGAGGACAGAAAAAAAAGUAGUGAUGAGGAUUGGGGAACACUGCACGACUCACUGCAAAAGACUACAAUACCCUUAAUGGAAGAAAACACUUGUUUUGAUGCAGCAUCCAUCAAGGAAUCCUUAGUUUCUAGAUCAGGGGUGUCCAACCUUGGCAAUUUAAGACUUGUGGACUUCAACUCCCAGAGUUCCCCAGCUAGCUAUGCUUAGGGUUGCAUUCUGGGAGUCUUAAAGUUGCCAAGGUUGGACACACACACACCAUUCUAGGUGGAAAAUUGCCCUUUAGCAUUGAAAAGUAUGUUUUGGAUUCCCCCAAAUCUUAUUUCUGUAUAAACUUGCAACUUCUGAGCAAAUGCUAAGUAAAGUUGGCUUGGAGGUGAGAUUCAGAUUUCUCUUCUGGAUUUCCUUUUCAGGGUCCACAGCUGCUCAGGAGAAUCUCUUUUAACAAUGUGGGAUCUUUUGCCAUGUUCUGUCUCUCCACUCUUGGCCUCGAAGUGCAAUUUAUAUAUAUAUGCUGGUUAGUUUUUUCAAUGGCUACUUUGAGGCGAGCUCUGUAACCCACCCCCUCUCUCUUCCCCUCGCCCCAAAAUCCUCUCCCCUCCUUCAGUGCAGCUGCACGUGAGCCUGUCUCUCUCUUUUCCUGCCAUUAUGAUCUCGCCUGCUAGGAAACCAGCCUCCAUUGUGUGAGGUCACACCCGUCCCAGAUAAAAGCAUUGUGAUGUUCCAGAACUCUUUCCUGAAGCUCCUGCUGGCUAGCCUCUUGCUUUUUCCUUUUUUUUAAUAGACCUGCCGGCACCUUUAUCGGCAUGGUUUGACAAGCGGCCUAACAUGGCAACCGCUGAAAGUUACCUGGGCGAUCCCAGGGAACGGGACGCCGCUCUUCCCCCUCUGCAAGCCCAGCCCAUCUCCGACGAAGAUGAGACGGCCCCUCCUGCCGUUUCCCUCUCCUCCGCGCCCUUGCACGACAAAACGGCCGCCGGUGACUUCGCCCUGAGGUCCAUGAUCGAAGAGGACGCCUUCCAAGCACUGAGCGACGGUCCCUGGGCGAAGCGGCCCCGCCUGGCCCUCUGCGAGGAUGCCGCCGCCCUGGAGGACAACGAUUUCCUCUCACUCACUUUCCCGAAGAAGCUCUGGAAGAUCGUGGAAAGCGAGCAGUUUAAGUCCCUCUGGUGGGACGAUGAGGGCCACUGCGUGGUGAUCGACGAGGAGCUGUUCAAGAAGGAGGUGCUGGAGCGCAAAGGGCCCCUGCGCAUCUUCGAGACGGACUGCAUGAAGAGCUUCAUCCGCCAGCUGAACCUCUAUGGCUUCAGCAAGAUGAGGCAGAAUUUCCAACGGUCGGCCUCCCUCGUCGAGUUUUUAGCGGAAGAAAAGGCCGCCUACGCCUUUAGCAAGCUCCAGUUCUACCAUAACCCCAAUUUCAAGAGAGGAUGCCCUCACCUACUUGCGAGGUGCAAGCGAAGAGUUGGAAUCAAAAACAUGCCACCCAUGGCUUUCUCCCUAGAGGAAGACUUUGGCGAAAUCUGCUUGAAGAGCAGAUCCAGAAGCCCAGAAGGUCCACCUUCUCUGGGAUCGUCUUCCAGGGAAAAUAGUUUCCUUACAACUUCUCCCAAGGACAAGAUGCACAAAUCUGCUCUCCGGAAGCCACCCGUGACCAAAGGCCUGGCUGGAACGGUAGGUCGUCUGAGAAGUGGGUUUGCUGUUUCUCCAAGUCCUUUGAAGUCUUCAGAUCAGGGGUCACCUGAAGACACUGAGAACAAGAUCAACCAGCUGGCUCCUUUCCACUUACCCCAGCACCCCAGCCAUGCUCGAGUCAACACCCACGAGAUCGAUUCCACCACUACCACCUCGGCUACCUCUUUGUAUCACGUCAUCCCGCCUGUCCCCAACAGUCCCUUUGCGCCAAUGAUGGGGCUGCCCACCUUCCCAACCAUGUAUCCAGACUUAUCAGCCAUGCAAGCUCACUGGGCCAGCAUCCUCCCUUUUUGCAAUCCGUGGUUCUCCAUGCCGAUGAUAGCAGCCGCUUCGGCCAUUUCCAUGUCCAGGUCUUCCCAUCACCUCCGAACUCCUUCCUACCACCAUUGUCCCAACUGCAACUGUAUGUCCAAUACCCCGUCCGCUUCCAAAGGAGCUGGACCCAAAACGGCAGAAUAUGCUGGGUACCAUCGGUAAAAAAAAAGGACAGGAGAAGGCUGGAGACAUUUCGAAUCUACUUAAAAAUAAGGGAAUUCAACCAUGGCGUGGACUGAAGAAUAAACUUUUGUUCUUCCUG